AUGAUGCGUUCAAACAAACUUUUGUUUCUCAUCGUGUUGAUACUAUAUUUGAUUGUCGGUCUUUCGCUUCUGAUUACUGGCAGUGUUGCUCAUAGACAUGCGACAGAAAUUUCAACUAUUACCAGUUAUUCAUUUAUGUCUAGUGCUCGAUUUAUUAUUGCAUUAGGUGUCAUAAUUACCAUUCUAUCAAUACUUGGCUUUAUUGGAGCACUCAAAAGUCGUUUAAGUUUUUUGAAAAUUUUUAUUGGUUCAUUACUUAUAAUACUUUUACUUCAAUCGAUUGCUGCAAUUGUUACAUUUACUCUUCGUAAUAAAGCUGAAGAACAAUUGCAUAGAACAUUACUUCGUUCAUUACCAGAUUAUAAAAAUGACAAUGUCGAUGUUACAAAUGAAUGGGAUCAUCUUCAAAAAACAUGGUCAUGUUGUGGUGUUGAUAAUGUCAAUGAUUGGAUUGACUAUGGUAACCUGAAUGUUCCACCGAAGUCAUGUUGUCUUAAUGAUGAUUGUAUACCAACAUCAAAUGGCACUGUUUAUUUUGAUCGUGGUUGUUAUGGAUCAGCUCGUGAUCUUUUCUUUCGAUAUUCAAAAGCGUUAGGAGGUGUAUCAGUAGUUUUCUUUUUCGUUGAAGUUUUUGGUCUUGUCUUAGCGAUAUUUCUCCUUCGUGAACUAAAAAGUAAUUAUGGAAGUGUUUAA